AUGGGAUUAUGCGGAGAAGUUGGUAAUAUGGAUGAAACUAAAAUAUAUGGAGUUAUGCCUUAUGUGGCUCCUGAAGUAUUAAGAAAAAAGCUUUAUACCCAGGAAUCAGAUAUUUAUAGUUUUGGUAUGAUAAUGUAUUUUGUAGCAACUGGAAGACAACCUUUUUAUGACCGUGCACAUGAUCAUCAACUUGCAUUGGAUAUUUGUAAAGGAGUUAGACCUGAAAUAUGUGAACCAGAAGCACCAAGAUGUUAUAUUGAUUUAAUGAAUAAGUGUUGGGAUUUAAAUCCAAAUAAUAGACCAAAUGUUCUUGAAAUCUUAGGCAUUAGUACUGAUAUAAAUAAAAUGUUUAGUAAAUUUGAAUAUAUGUGUAAUUAUAAGAGGGUUAAAUUUGAGUGUGAAAUUGAGAAAACUGCAUAGUUUAGGGUCUCUCUGAGACCAUCCUAUAUUUCCUCAUACUUUAUUGUGAUAUUUUUUACAGAGCUAAUUUAUAUCAACAAUUAUCUAGUACUGUAAUUUAAAUUGAUUUGCAAUUAUUGAAAAAGACAACAUGACCAAAUUCGAUAAAGUGUUGUCUCCAAUAUCUGGAUUGGCAUGCCA